CCUUGAUCAUGACCAUGGUGUUGUUGUAUUUGACUCCCCUCCUCCCCAUGUUGCUGCUGCAUUUCUUGAUGAUCUCUGUGAAGUUUCCAGAUCCAGGUCUUGUGUUAGACUUGUAACUUAGCUUUCCUUUUUGUCUUGCUGUACUCGGGUCUUUUUAAGACCUCCUUGUAACCAAAAAAAAAAAAAAAGUUGUACUUAAUUCCUUUCAACAAAAGAAUGGCAGUGGGAGAAGUCUUUCUUGCGGCAUUCCUUCAGUUGCUGCUGAACAGGUUAACGCCUCGGGAGAUCCUGGGCUACUUUGGAAGCUUGGGAGGAGUUGGUAAAAAGCUGCAGAAAUUGAGGGAAACACUGUCCGCAGUUGCAGCGGUGCUUUAUGACGCAGAGGAUAAGCAGCUGUCGAGCAAGGCAGUGGAUCUGUGGCUGAAUGAUCUCAGACACUUGGCUUACGAUAUCGACGAUCUACUCAACACCUUUUCUACAGAGAUGUUAACACGCAAGCAGCUCAAGGUUCACCAAACUGGCACAAGCAAGGUACGAGGCUUCUUUACCAAAGUUCCUCACAAAGUUAAGUUCAAUUUCAAUAUGAAGUCCGAAAUAGACGAGAUUGCUAACCGCUUGCAAGACAUAUUUGACCGGAAAGAGAAACUUGGUUUGAAAUAUAUUGAGCAUGCCUCUACUUCAACAUCAUCAUUGCAAAGGACACCAAGUUCGUGUGUGUUGGAUGGACCUGUGGUUGGGAGAGAGGAAGACGCAAGAAAAAUAGUGGAGUUGUUGUCCAGGGAUGCAGAUCCUUCUUCUCCCACAAAUUAUGAGGUUGCUGCCAUUGUUGGUAUGGGAGGACUGGGCAAGACAACGCUUGCGGGACAAGUCUUCAAUGAUGUAGCUACAAUGGAACAAUUUGAUCUCAGGAUCUGGGUUUCAGUAUCCGAUGACUUCGAUCUUCAAAUGGUGACGAGAACUAUUUCUGAAAACGUCACAUCUAGGCCAUGUGAUGAUUUCAGUCGACUUCAAGAUAAUCUGAGCAAGGCGAUAGAUGGUAAAAAGUUUUUGAUUGUUUUAGAUGAUGUCUGGAGCACGUGUGGUUAUGAUUCAUGGACAAAACUGCAAGCUCCCUUCCGUGGGGGAGCUAAGGGAAGUAGGAUACUGGUGACAACACGUGAUGAAAAGGUGGCAGCAUUGAUGGGAGCCCCAGCCGCUGAAGUUUAUUAUUUAAAUACUCUAUCGGAUGAAGGUUGUUUGCAACUAUUUGAACAGCAUGUUAGCAAUGACAGGCCACCGAAUUUUGACUUGCUUAAGAAGAAAAUUAUUACGAAAUGCAAUGGAUUACCAUUGGCUGCAAAAACUCUUGGUGGUGUUUUACGCUGUAAAGAAACUGACAAAUGGGAGGAAAUACUGAAUGACAAGUUAUGGAGUAUAUCAGAUGGGAGUAAUAUACUCCCAGUACUCAGACUGAGUUAUAAUUAUCUCCCUUCAACUUUGAAGAGGUGCUUUGCCUAUUGCUCAGUACUUCCCAAUAAUUAUGAAUUUGGGAAAAACCAAUUAAUCCUUCUAUGGAUGGCAGAGGGUUUCCUUGAGCAACCAGAAGGAACCAAAGCAAUGGAAGAUAUUGGUGACGAAUAUUUUGGGGAGCUAUUGUCUCGGUCAUUAUUUCAGAAUUCGGGCAAAAACAGUUCAUACUAUGUAAUGCAUGACCUUGUUGGUGAUUUGGCACGAUGGGCUGCUGGAGACACAUUUUGUAGAUUAGAGGAUAAACCGCAUGGUAGAUGUUCUCCAACGACUCGUCAUCUGACUUACAUUUCUGGUAAGUUCGAUGGGAUAAAACGAUUUGAGACACUUUCUGAAGCAAAAUGCUUGCGGACUUUCCUUCCACUUUUAGUGUCCAAUGGUUAUGAGAAUUAUCUAACUCGUUAUGCUACUUCUGAUUUAUUGUCACAAUUGAAGUACUUGCGGGUGCUCUCCUUCAAUGGGUAUAAACUGAUCGAGGUACCAGAUUCCGUAUGUAAUUUGAAACAUCUACGCUACCUUGAUCUUUCUCACACAUUGAUAAUGAGUUUGCCUGAGUUAAUAUGCAUGCUUUACAACUUACAGACGUUAAUAUUAGAGAAUUGUUCAAAAUUGAAGACACUACCUUCAAACAUGAGCAAUUUAUCUAAUUUACGUCAUCUCAACAAUUCAAAUACGCCUUUAUUGGAAGAAAUGCCUCCCCAAUUAAGUCGGUUGACUCAUCUGCGAACUUUGCCUAAUUUUGUGGUGGGGAAAGGUAGUGCAUCAGGCAUUGGAGAGUUAGGGUCAUUGCAUCUUCUUGGGACCUUGAGACUUGCAAGAUUGGAGAAUGUGAUUGAUGUUGAGGAUGCAAAGAGGGCCCAAAUAAUGAACAAGGAAGCGCUGGAAACCUUGCGAUUGGAAUGGAGUGGCACAAGUGAGAAGGAGUCGGAGGUGCUCUGCAGUUUAAAACCUCAGAAAAAGCUUCUAGAGCUCACCAUCAAGGGUUACAAUGGUUUAGAAUUCUCAAAAUGGAUUGGACAUCCUUCAUUCUCUGAUAUGACGUAUGUGAAGUUACAGAACUGUAAAAAUUGUCGAUUCUUACCUCCUCUUGGCCAAUUACCUUUACUAAAAGUCCUUUGGAUAAAAGGACUGCCCAAUGUUGAAAGUGUGGGUGCUGAGUUUUAUGGAGAUUGUAGCUUGCCUUUUCCAGUGUUGGAAGAGUUGAGGUUUGAGGAUAUGCAAAAUUGGAAGGAGUGGCUUCCUUGCAAAAGAAAUGAAGAAAUUCGAAUUUUCCCAUGCAUGGGAAAACUUUUCAUCCGUAGUUGCCCCAGUCUGAAAGGUUGGUUGCCCAAGAACAUGGAUUCAUUAUCAAAGCUGCGUAUUGUUGAAUGUGAAGAGUUAGUGGUUUCAAUUGCCAAUUAUAAACAUCUUCGUGAGCUGCGCAUCGACGGUUGCAAAAGGGUGGUGCACAGAAGGGGAGUUAAGUUUAAGUUACUGGAGGAUAUGCGGCUUCAUAGUACUUCAGAGUUCAGACUCAAAAUAGAUGGGUUCAUCAGAGGAUUGACAAAGCUUCAAAGAUUGUGGAUUACUGGUUGUGAAGAGUUGACAUGUUUUUGGGAGAAUGAGUAUAGAUGGUUGCAACCUCGGAUUUCUAAUAUUAUUGGAGGCAACAUCUCUGAUUCCCCUCCUCACUUUAUUCAAGAGCUAAGAGCGCUCAAGCAACUUGUGUUAAUUGGAUGCUCAAAUCUAAUUUCUUUUCCAGAAGCUGGUUGGCCACCUUGUCUAGAAUCUGUGAAAAUGGAGUCGUGUAAUUCUUUAAGGCAUUUUGUAAGGAAUCAGAUACCGCCAAGCAUAAGAAGAAUAGAGAUAGCAAAAUGUCAAAAUUUGAAACGAUUAGUCAAGGAUGUUGGGCAGCUAGAGGGUUGUCUGGAGAAGUUGGAAAUAACAGGGUGUGCUUCUUUGACAUCCUUAACAAGGGAAGGAGGCCGACUGCCCAGAACGCUCAAGAACAUUUUGAUAAGUGAAUGUGAACAAUUGGAGUCCAUAAUCAAAACAUUCCACGAUGAUACUUGUCUUGAAGUUAUUCAGGUAUGCGAAUGUGCAAAUCUCAAAUCCUUUCCAGAGGGGCUGUGCCAUCUCUCCAUUCUUCGCAAGUUAAUUAUAAGCGAAUGUGGAAGUCUCGUUUCUUUCCCGAGAGGAGGGUUGCCAUCCAACCUGACAUACUUGUAUAUCUACAAUUGUGAUCAGUUGGAAGCCCUCCCCAGAGGCAUGGACAACCUCAGCUGUCUUCAGACUUUGAAAGUGCAAUGCUGUGGAGGUAAUUUGGCAUCUAUUCUAGAAGAGGGUUUCCCACCCAACCUAAUUCAACUUGUUAUUAUGAAACCCAAAAGCUGUAAGCCUCUCUCAGAGUGGGGGCUUCACCACUUGGACAGACUCACCUCUCUUAAAGAAUUGUGGAUAUGUGGUGUAGAUCCAGAUCUGGUGUCCUUUCCGCCAAAGGAGGUGCUACUCCCUAAAUCUCUCAUUAAACUCAGGAUUGGAGACUUCCCAAAUCUGAAGCGCCUAUCAUCACUCACUUCUCUUGAAUCCCUUGCCAUUUGGAAUUGUCCGAAGCUAGCAUCUAUUAUUGGAGAACAAGAGGAUCAUCUGCCUCUUUCACUGACACAGCUUCGCAUCUUUAAGGGCUGUCCGCUGCUCACAAAGAAAUACAAACCAGGUAAAGGACGACACUGGUCCAAAAUAGCCCACAUCCCUUACGUUUAUGUUGGAGACUUCUUUGACGAAGCCGAAGCCGACCACUGA